CGCAGCGGCCUUUUUUGGGAAUGGUGAUAAUGGAGAGUACACGCUAUCUAAAAAGUUAUUAAUAACACAACAAGGGGUCCUAAAGCCUCUUUCCCCUCCACUGUGCAGUGUGUCCCUUUACCCUCUGAGACUCACCUCACAUUCCUCUCAGUGAAAGCAGGGACCUCUUCUCUGCUGUACAUCGAGUCUCUCCAUCAAAUCAGUUUCUUCAUCACUCCAUCUGAUCCUCAGAUUCAGUUACUUGCCAUGUCUGACAACGAGGAAGUGGUGGAGGAGUAUGAGGAGGAGGUGGAAGAAGAGGAGGCUGCUGAAGAUGCCGGGCAAGAAGAAGAAGACAAACCUGCUGCAGAGGAUGAGGCCAGAGAGGAACAAGAUGGAGAAGGAGAAGCAGAGGACGGAGAAGAGGAGGAGGCCAAACCAAAAUUCAAGCCAUUUAUCAUGCCCAACCUCAUCCCUCCCAAGAUCCCAGACGGAGAGAAGGUGGAUUUUGAUGAUAUACAUCGUAAAAGGAUGGAGAAGGACCUGAUGGAGCUUCAGACUUUGAUCGAGGUUCACUUUGAGAGCAGAAAGAAAGAAGAGGAUGAGCUCAUAAAUCUCAAGGACAGGAUUGAGAAACGCCGUUCUGAGCGAGCAGAGCAGCACAGAAUCCGCAGUGAGAGAGAGAAAGAGCGACAGAAGCGUCUCGAGGAUGAGAGAACUCGUAAGGAGGAGGAGGAGGCCAAGAGGAGAGCAGAAGAUGAUGCUAAGAAGAAGAAAACCCUCACCAGUCUCCACUUUGGAGGCUACAUGCAGAAGUUGACAGAAAAACGGAGUGGUAAGAGGCAGACUGAGAGAGAGAAGAAGAAAAAGAUCCUGAAUGAAAGACGCAAAUCUCUGGAUAUUGAAAACUUGAACCAGGAAGGACUCAAGGAGAAAACUAAAGAGCUGUGGGAGUGGAUGUACCAGUUGGAGGCAGAGAAGUUCGAACUGCAGUAUCAGCUCACAAGUCAAAAAUAUGAGAUUAAUGUGCUGAGGAACCGAGUCAGCGACCAUCAGAAAACAUCCAAGAGGACCAAAAGGGGCCUGAGGAAAUAGACAAUUACGUGAUUCAUGAGCGGUGUAACAACCAGCCGCCUCGUUCAGCCACCACCCCAAACCAAGCCCCGGCUUUCCUGCCACACCCCAGUCCCACCUGUUUCUCUAAUACCAUCACAUACAAUACUAAUUAUACAGAGAUAUCUAUUUUUUUUCUCUUAUUCACAUCCUUUAAAUGAGAUAAUGUCUGUUACAAGGUAUAAUUAAAACCAUAUUAGUUCAAUCAGUGGCUUGUUUCAUUUUCAGGCUCCUGAGCGUGGGUUCAUAGAUUUGUUUACUGACACUCAGAACUCAACAGAGAGUAAAAAUGACUGAUGUACUUUCCAGGCAUGAAUGCAGAAAGCCUGAAGCAAAGACAGGGAGAAAAAUCUUCCUACUCAAGAGACGGGCUCUGACAUGACACGAUGCUCCUUGAGCUAACGCCCAGAUCUCACCUAACACACACACACACACGUACACACACAAACCUGAAAGACAAUGAAUCUUUUUUCUUUUCUUUUUUUUUUACCACAGGGUAACUCACCUCUAAGUGUAUUUACAGAAAACACUCGGAUUUGAUCUGACAUGCAGAAGAAAAACUAAAUACAAAUUAAGUCAUUGUUGUGGAUUUGACGUGGCCCCUAAAUAUGCAGGAGUGGUUGGUAACAACUCAUAAUGAAACUAGCAUUUCAUUCAGUGGUAGUAUGAUUUAUGAAUUUCUGGCUCCACCAUCAGAGGGAGAAACUGAAAAUCUGCUGUAUUCUAAGAUCUAAAUUUAAACUAUAUGCAUUUUAUUUCUAGUUUAAAGCAAUUUAUACUCAUGAAUACAAAAGUACUACCUCUUUGAAAACAGAAUCUGGUACAGAGCAUUUCUUUGUGCCUGCAAUGUGUUUUCACUUUUUUUUUAGAACCUGUCAGCACAGCACCAGAGGCGAAUAGUUAAACAUAUGACAGUGAUUUGGUGGGGUGUUGCAUUGAAAGAUAAGUCCGUCCAUUCCACAUUCCUGCAAAGUUUUCAAAAUAUGGGGAAAAAAUAUAUCUUGUGACUUAUUUUCCUUUCACUGAAAAACAGACUUGUUGCACCGUCAACUUCAGUGAAAAGUGGGGAAAAUAUAUCUCCCAAUCUAAAUCACGCAAAUCAUUUUUAUUUUGAAUCUUUAAAAACAAAAACUUGCUUUAGUUGUUAGACUUUCACACCCAGUUUCGAAAAUGGGGCCUAAAGAACGGCAUGUACAGAAACACCGCAAAAACCCUGCUGGAAUGAAAACUCAGAGCCUAAUUAGUUCAAGAGAUUUACAAGAAAACAGAUGAGCAAAGAAUCCAGUAUCUUCCAAGAGAGCUCGUAUGUGUGACUCAAAUAUGCACAUGGGAAGAAAAGACCACCACUUACAAUGUUAUCUUCAUAUAUGUAAUUUAUUCUUGGUACAGUCUGACUGACAGGAAAAGCUCCUGAUUAUAUGCCACACAGACACAUUUCUCCAAAAAUACACUCUGAGCAAUACUGACAUCAAUCUUCGAGGCAAUGAACCUCAGCAUGACUAUAUGUCUUAAGCAUAAAAUCAGUCCACUGCAAUUCACCAUGUCAUCUCUUCCCAACAAAGCUUCAGUGAUUUGUAAUGCUUGGUCAUAAAAAAGCAAAUUGUUAAAAAAAAAUAAAGAAAAGAUUUUCAACCUAUUUUUAGUUAACUAUACUGCAUCAGGAUUAUUAGAGCAGAAAACCUGUAAACACGCCCUAAAAACUUUAUAGGUAACAGUUUCAGAGAAAAACUACGGUUUUUAAAUAAAGAUAAAAAAAAAACAUUCAUUUUAAUGAGCAUGGCUGAAGCAUUAAGAUCACAACUUGUUAGAUGCUGUAUAUGUUUGAGGGCACAGCCCUUCAUUAUCUCCUCAGUGUUUGGUAUUUAAUUAAAUCAAAGAGCACUUAAAAGGCUGUCAGUGUUUGGACGUUUUCAUGGCAAUGACUCACUCCAAAUUUCUAUACCUAGUAAAUAAAAGUAAAAAUGAGACUCAGCUGUGACCUUGUGUUACAUGAUGUGUAUUAUAUUCCAAUCCUUCUGUCUCCAAUUGCUCAGCUUAUGCAAGUAAACAAGCAAAUAUAUAAGAGACACAAUUUUUAAUUUCAAUACACAAGUUUAUGACAAAGCAACAGAAAAGAAGACGUAUCUUGGUACUGCACUUCAAAGCAAUUGUUGAAUACUUUAGGAGCUAUGCUUUUUGCACUUCCCACCUGUGAGUUAGAUGAUCGAUACCGCUUUUAUAUCUGAUAAAUAUAAAGCUAGAAACAUGAGGAAACAGCUAGCCUGACUCUAACUAAGAAUGACAUAUAUGUCCACUACUUAACGUGUUAUAUGAUUGUAUAAUAAAAGUGUAACACUGUGGCUUUACAGGGUUUAUGGGUACUGUAAAAUGUGUCCUUUCAACAUGUUUUUGUAGAGGUUGAACAAACAAGAUAUAAUGUGUUAAUUAUUGAGCUUUAAAGGUGCAGGUAGUUUCCUGUUACCUGGGCUAAGCUAUUCAUCUUCUGGUUGCAGCUUUAUAUUCAAUGAGAAAGUUAAACUAAUUCUUUAACUAUUCAGACACUCUUUUUUAAAGCAGUUUCUGUGGUUUUUUUUUUUGUUUUUUUACAAAACUAAAUUCUGAAUCACAAAAUGAAACAGAUUUUAGAAUAAAGUAAUAUUCCACUGAAUUGUGUUAAGACAUUAGAAAUGUAGGAUUUCUUUGCUUGCAUGGAAACCUUUACACAAUCUAUUUCACUUUUU